AGUCUUCUGAACUGAGAAUUCAGUGAGUGUGUUCUUAUAUUGCUUGUUCGCUAUCUGGACAACAGGUUGUGUAAUACCGGAAGAGAGCUGAAAAACGUAUUGUGGCAUUGUUUAUCGUUAGCGCUUUCUUAGAGUUGAUUUAAUUUAUUGAGAGAAGCGGUUAAACUAUGAUUUUCAUUUAAGAGAAUUAAAUCUAAUUUUGAUUAAAGUUUUAGAACUUUUCCUUAAGUUCUAAACUUUGAAUAAACUUGCAAUGGAAGGAAGAUUUUGUGAGUAAGAAAUAAAAGCAGAUCGAAAUUCUAUUUUAUAUUGAAAAAAAAAUCAACAUGAAUUUAUCAGUUUAAAAUUACACCCGAAUUUCUUUUGCGUUGUAAAGUAGUUUCUAAAUACAAUAUCGUUGUUGGUAUUUUAAGAACUGUUAAACGUGUUUUUAUAAUUUUAUUGAUGCAACGAUUAAUAUGUUAAGUGCUAAAUUAAAAUCAUUAAAAAUGCUCUAUGGAGAUAUAUUUGUAGAGCUUGAGCCGCAUUGUAAUGUAAAGACAUUUGAUUUAAUAAGAAUAAGAAUUUAUUAAAAUUUGCAAAUAACUUUUAGUUUUUCUUAAAAUUUCUCUUUUCGAAAUGCUAUUAGCAAGAAGAAUAAGAAUAAAUCAUGAAAAUUAACUGAAAUUUAUUUCAAUAGUAGUUAUGGUAUCGAUAAUUAUUCAUCUUACUUGCAUUUUUUACAUGCUUUUUAAUUCAGUCAGCAAUAAUUUGAUACGUUUAGCUGUACUGGCACCUGGAGAUGAAAACCAGCCUUUCGCCAUGCACAAAGUGGUACCAGCAGUACUGUACGCCGUACAAAACAUUGAAAGAAAAGGGGGAUUUAAAAUGGAAGUCUUAUACCGAGAUACGGAGUGCUCAUCUACUUAUGGACCUUUAGCAGCUUUCGAACUUUACAAUUCUGGAGCUGUAGAUGUUCUUUUAGGUCCAUUAUGUCCCUAUGUGUUAGCGCCAGUAGCUAGAUAUUCUGCUGUUUGGGACUUGCCAAUUCUAACUGCUGCAGGACAGAAUGACAACUUCGAUAUCAAGGAACCACAUUACAGAUUAUUAACGAGAAUGAAUGGCUCCUAUUCUCAAAUUGGUUUAAUAUUUCUCCAAGUCCUGAAGAAGUUUAAUUGGAAAGUUGUGGCUCUUAUAUUUCAUAACUAUGAUGACCGCUCUCUUGGAAAUUCUGAUUGUUAUUUCACGUUGGGAGCCGUUUACACAGCACUGGGAAGAAAGUCGUUUUACAAAGACUUUGAUGAAACUAAUCCAAAUAUGGAUUAUAAAGAGCUGCUAAAAGAAGUUUCGCAGCAUGCUAGAGUAAUUGUGAUGUGUGCAUCGCCAGAUUCAAUUCGGACAAUUUUAUUUACUGCAGAUGAACUUGGAAUGGUAAAUAGUGGAGAAUAUGCUUUCUUCAGUGUUGAGCUUUUUACCAGUAAAAACGAAAGUAGAAGACCCUGGUAUCGUGAAUUCGAUACGAAAGAAAAAAACAACAAGGCCCGUGCAGCUUAUGAAGCUCUGAUUACAGUGACAGCGAGAAUACCAGAAACAGCAGAGUACGCCGAAUUUUCAAAAGGAGUGAAACAUCUUGCAUUAAAGAAAUUUGGAAAACCUUAUGGAAAGGAAGAGGUUAACAUAUAUGUAACUGCUUUUCACGAUGCUGUCAUACUUUACUCCCUUGCUUUGAAUGAAACCUUAAGCGAAGGAUAUAGCUUAAAAAACGGAACAAUUGUAACUCAAAAAAUGUGGAAUAGAACAUUUGAAGGCAUUACUGGAAAUGUUAGCAUAAAUGAAAAGGGGGAUCGUUUUGUAGAUUAUUCAUUACUUGAUAUGGAUUCUGACACUGGAAUAUAUGAGGUCGUAGCAAACUAUUACGGAGUGAGCCAAGAAUUUGUGGAUGUUCCAAGAAAAUACAUUCGAUGGGCAGGUAACAGAAUUUCUCCACCAUUAGAUGUGCCUGAAUGUGGUUUUGACGGCUCAAAAUGUCAAGAUGAAUUGUUUCCUCAGUACGUAAUUGUCACAUCUGUUUUGAGUGGGGUAAUCAUUGUCUUCAUCAUUAUGUCAUUUUUCAUAUACAGGCAUUUUCAAUUAGAGGCCGAACUUGCUUCCAUGACUUGGAAAAUUCGAUGGGAAGAUAUUGUGGAUCCAAAACAUGGCAUGCGAAAGCGAUCGAGCUCAAGGCAAAGUUUAAAUCGAAUUAGUCUUGGGAGUUCGUGUCCAUCGGAUGCUUUGUCUAUUACUGAUUUUAACAGGCAAAUCUUUGUGCGUAAUGGUUAUUACAAAGGUAUGGUUGUAGCUAUUAAGACCAUCAAUAAAUCAAGAGUAGAUAUAACAAGAUUAUUAUUACUUGAGCUCAAAAAAAUGAAAGAUUUACAGCAUGAACAUAUCGUGCGAUUUGUGGGUUGCUGUGUGGACCCUCCUCAUUGCUGUCUAAUUACGGAAUACUGCCAGAAAGGAAGCCUUCAAGACAUAUUGGAAAAUGAGGAAAUAAAACUUGACUGGAUGUUUCGUUUUAGCCUCAUGCAUGAUGUAGUGAAAGGAAUGGCCUAUUUACACAGCAGUGAGAUUCGAUCACAUGGCAAUUUAAAAUCAACAAACUGUGUAGUCGAUAGCAGAUUUGUAUUAAAAAUCACAGACUUUGGUCUACAUGGUCUAAGAAUAUAUGAUGAGAAUGAAAAUGAGGAUUCGUAUGCACACUGGAGACGAAAGUUAUGGACUGCUCCUGAACUUCUAAGAAUGCAUAAUCCACCCCUGGAGGGUACACAAAAAGGUGAUGUUUAUUCAUUCGCUAUAAUCGCUCACGAGAUUGUUGUUCGUCAAGGAGUUUUCUUUACUAUCACUGACAUUUCGCCUAAAGAAAUUAUUGAAAAUGUGACCUACGGCAUGAAACCACCCUACCGGCCAGUAUUAGAAUUGGAAAAUUGUGAUGAUGGAAUGAUACAAGUAAUCAAGAGAUGUUGGUCUGAAGAACCAGUAGAUCGUCCUGAUUUUCAAACACUAAAAUCAAUCAUAAGGAAAUUAAAUAAAGAGAACGAGAGCGGAAACAUUUUGGACAAUCUAUUGUCUCGCAUGGAACAGUAUGCCAACAACUUAGAGAGCCUUGUAGAAGAAAGAACGGCUGAUUACCUGGAAGAAAAGAGAAAGGCUGAAAAUCUUCUUUACCAGCUGUUGCCACGAUCAGUGGCCAGUCAGCUUAUACAUGGGCAAUCUGUGACAGCCGAAGCUUUUGAUUGUGUUACAAUUUAUUUCAGUGACAUUGUUGGAUUUACAUCAUUGUCAGCUCAAAGCAAUCCAAUGCAGGUUGUUGAUCUUCUUAAUGACUUAUACACAUGUUUUGAUUCCAUUAUUGAAAAUUUCGAUGUCUAUAAAGUGGAAACAAUUGGAGAUGCUUACAUGGUUGUGUCUGGCUUACCCGUUCGAAAUGGUAAUUUGCAUGCAAGAGAAAUAGCUAGAAUGUCUCUCAGAUUGCUUGAAGCUGUCCUCUGUUUUACAAUCAAGCACCGACCUAAAGAGCAGCUGAAACUUCGCAUUGGAUUACAUACAGGCUCAUGCGUCGCUGGUGUAGUUGGUCUCAAAAUGCCUCGAUACUGUUUAUUUGGUGAUACAGUAAAUACCGCCUCACGAAUGGAAUCAAAUGGUUUGCCUUUGAAAAUUCACGUUAGUAGCAGUACAAAAGAAAUUCUUGACGCAUUCAAUACUUUCAAAUUGGAACUAAGAGGUGAAGUUGAAAUGAAGGGAAAAGGAAAACAAACCACCUAUUGGCUAUUAGGGGAAGAAAAGAUGAAUGAUGCACUGCAAGAUCUUUUAGAAUGUCCUAAGGAGACUCAUUUGUAAUUUAAAUGCAUAGUAUGUGUAAUAAAAUGGCAUUAAAACCCUUUUUAAAUGUA